GCGGGUGGGCAGGGUCAAAUGCGUUGUAUGUAAUGUACGCUGUAAUUGGAAGACGUGGUGGAUUGAUUGCUGCCGCGUACGAAAUCAAACGUGGGCGGGGUUGGACUGGGAGAGGGGUGGAGGUGGUGCAGAAGAGGAGGGAGCGCAGCUGAGUGGGAGCGGGAGGCGGAGGCGGGAAGGGAGAGUCCAUUCGCCGUCCAACGCUGUGCGUGCGCGGGCCGGUUAUUUUCGUCGCGUUCGUUGCGCGUGGUUCCUUCCUCGAUUGAGGUUGGGCGGUCGGCCGGGUGCGCGGGUGGUGGGGACCACCGCAGCCCCACUACGGUGUGGUGACGUCGGCGUGCAACGUAAGAGGAGGCGGUCGCCAUGCUCGGGCUACGUACGGCCGCCAUAGCUCGGCGCGCAUUGGCGAAAGCCGGUGCCGUGAUCGAUGGCGCGCAUCAGAGGCUGGGACAGAAUGCUUCGGCGGCGAUGACGAUGGCUACGGCAACUAAGCAGCAAUCUCAUCAAGAGAGAGGGAGUGCAGGAGGAGGAGGAGGAGGAGGAGGCAGCUAUGCUGGAUAUGAGGAAGGGUCACCGACGGCGGGCUUGAGGGCGCUGCAAAAGUUGGGCUUGGCAAUGGGAGCGGGAUUGGCGGGAGCAGUGGCGUUUGCUGACGUGGCGCAUUCUGAUGAGGCGGAGCACGGCCUUCACCCCCCCAGUUAUCCUUGGCCGCACGCGGGAAUUUUUAGCUCCUACGAUCAUGCGGCGUAGGUGCCCUUUCCCCUCUCUCUCCGCCGCCUCUUCUUCCCCCCGCUUUCCGCAACCUCUGUCUACCUUCUUCCCUCGCCUCUCCGUCGUGUGCGCGCGCGCUCAUGCCCUCCCUCUGUCUUGCCUUCGCGCAAUCUUGCUCGCGCUGUUGUUCUCUCCUCGUCUCUUUAUUGUGACCCCAUGCUCUUCUCGAGUCAUCUGUCCUUUUUGUUUUACUUUUUUAUCUAGUUCCGUGCAGAAGUCGAACUCAGGUCUGCAUUUCGACAGUUCUUUUGUUGCCUUUUUGAAAUGAUACAACCUUUUUUGCCCGCUUGCAGAGGGACAGUCCUCAUUCUGUCUGAUCCUCAGUUUUUCCCGUCUGUUUAAUGAAAAACUAUUUAAUAC